AUGGAUUUGUCAAGUGUGUCGGCUCGGCCUCCUACUCUUGAUAGUAGUGGCAAGAACUACAACUUGUGGAAAACUAGGAUGAAAAUCUAUAUCAAAUCUAUUGAUGAACGUGCCUGGGUUGCUGUGUUGGAUGGAUGGACUCCACCGCGUACCACUGAUGAUAAUGGAGUUACUUCUCUCACACCCGAGAGUAAAUGGUCUGCUGAUGAAAGACUCAUUUCUAACCAUAACUCCAGAGCCUUGAAUGCUAUCUUUAUCUAUGUUGAUGUUCCUGCGUUUCGUAUGAUUUCUAAUUGCACAGAAGCUCGAGAUGCUUGGCUCAUUUUGCAGGAACAAUGUGAAGGUUCAGCCAGUGUUAGAGCGACAAAAAUGCGAAUGUUGACCACCAAAUUUGAGAUUUUGAGGAUGCGCGAUGAUGAGACUAUUUCUGCAUACUAUGAAAAGCUAUGCGAAAUCUCAAAUGAAGCUGUUGGACUUGGGGAACCUAUUAGCAAUGAAAGAUUGGUCAGUAAGAUACUGAGAUCUCUUCCUGAAAGGUAUAACAUGAAAAUUUCUUCAAUUGAAGAAACUACUGAUGUUGCUACCAUGCGUGUUGGUGAUCUGGUCAGUAAGUUGUUAACUUUUGAGAUGAAUCUUGAACAGCAGAAAGCUGAUCAUGUGUCCAAAAGUGUGGCUUUUCGUGUUGAAAAGAUCCCUGAAAACUCUGAAAUUACUAACAUGUCUGAGUGUACAGAUGUUGAUCCCGAGGAGGAAGAUGAUGUUAACCUUGCCAUGUUGGUUAAAAAUUUUAACAACAUGCUGAAAUCUUUCAAGAAAGGAAAGUCCAAAAGUGGUUAUAGGAAACCUUCUGGGAUGUCUGCUGGAUCUUCAUCCAACAUCACCAAUGUUAAGAAGAAUGUUGGAACAACAUCUGAGGUAAGAAGUUUUGAUCACAUUCAGUGCAGGGGCUGUCAAGGGAUGGGCCACUAUGCAAAUGAGUGUCCCACAAUUGCAAGAAAAAGGCAUUCUGGUCUUACUGCAACUCUUAGUGAUGACUCAGAUUUUGAGGAAGAAAAGGUUCUGCUUGUUGCUACUGUUGAUGAAGAAGAUUUGCAGGGAAAAGACAUGAUUGGAGCCCUUGAAAAUCUUGAUGAUGAAAUAAUUUAUUCAGAUAGUUUGUCUGAAUCUGAAACUCUGAGUGUUGAUGACAAUAUUUCUAGAUCUGACUGUGAUGUUGAUCUGAUUGAUGAGACUGACAAUAUGAAUGUUGAUGUUGAUGUUGCCAACACUGAUGUGAACAUCUCUUCUGAAAAUGAUCAGUUUGUUGUGAUUAUUGAUAAUGAUGUUUUUGACAUGGAUACUGAUGUUCAGGAGAUUGAUGGGAUAAAGAUCCCCACUAACACAACUAACUGGUAUGAAAUUACUAUUCUUGAUGAUUUCAAUUCUAGUGUACCAGAUUUUUGUUGUGUUGCACCUUUGGAAGAAUAG